AUGAGACGUGCACUGGCGACGUUGGUGAUGGCGGCGGCGGUGGCGGCGUACGUGAUGGCGGAGCCGGCGCAGGCGCUGUCGUGCGGGGACGUGAGCUCGAACUUGGCGCAGUGCGUGAAGUACCUGACGGGGCAGCAGGCGAGGCCGACGGGGCCGUGCUGCGGCGGCGUGAGGCGGCUGAAGGCCAUGGCGGCCACCACCGCCGACCGCCGCCUCGCCUGCAACUGCAUGAGGAGCGCAGCGUCGCGCAUGAAGAGCCUCCGCUACGACCUCGUCAACGCCCUACCGCGCCAGUGUGCCGUGCCGCUCAACUUCUUCAUAGACCUCAACAAGUGCAACCAGUGA